AUGGAUUCAGAUUCUUCACCACUUAGCCGGGUUACUGCCGAUGGUUUAUCUCCGAGUGGAUCGGCCAAGAAGAUUGCAACGUCCACUGAUCUUGUUGACCUAGCCCAUCAGAUUCAAAGCUGUGAGCAAUUCGUCAACUCAAAUGCUUGUGCCCGAUUACAUCUGAUUAUAGAUCAGAUGCAACAUCUGAAGCGGCAAGCAGAAACAAUCUUGCACGAUUUGAAAAGGGAUAUGGAAAUCCAUCGAUUACCAUGUAACUUCAUCAAGAAACCGGGGACAGUUUAUCAUGUAUAUGAACGACCCGAAGGAACCAAAUAUAUGGGAUUGCUCUCUCCCGAGGAUUGGGGCUCGAACUGUCCGCAUAAGUAUAUCAGUUCGUACAAGCUGUUACCUGACAUGACUUGGCUUCCGGUCGCGCAACUGGAUGAACAUACUAAGAUAAACGAGGUAGUUCAGAAACUCGUCUCCUCAUCCAAUUCGCACGCGAUCGAUUACGUUGAAAAUAAAAUGCUUUCUUACUAUCUUGUCACUUGUUUUUUUUGUCGUGACAAACUUCAUUUGCGUACAGCGUGA